CACACAGCAGAGCUCCAGUAGAGAGAGAGCUGCAGCCCGGAACCAGACCGACGCCUCUAGUAGCAGACGGAGCUACAGCUACCGGUGAAGAGUCCGCCAAAACAACCGCAGAAUACAUUCUUGUCUUCUGUAUUUGAAGACCACGGUAGACGACAUACAACUGAACGGACAUGGCGACAUCAUCCUCCAGCAGCCCGUGUGUUGUGAUCAGUGAUGACGAGCAGGGGUAUGACCUGGACCUUUUUUGCAUACCAAAACACUACGCCUCCGACCUGGAGAGGGUCUACAUCCCACAUGGACUCAUCUUGGACAGGACAGAGAGACUGGCCAGAGAGAUCAUGAAGGAAAUGGGGGGGCAUCACAUCGUGGCCCUCUGUGUCCUCAAAGGGGGUUACAAGUUCUUUGCAGACUUGCUGGACUACAUCAAGGCCCUGAACAGGAACAGUGACCGCUCCAUCCCAAUGACAGUGGACUUCAUCCGCCUCAAGAGCUACUGUAAUGACCAGUCGACAGGUGAAAUCAAAGUGAUCGGUGGAGAUGACCUCUCUACACUGACAGGAAAGAAUGUCCUGAUUGUUGAGGAUAUUAUCGACACAGGGAAGACAAUGAAGACACUUUUGGAACUCCUCAAACAGUACAGCCCCAAAAUGGUUAAAGUAGCAAGUUUGUUGGUGAAGAGAACACCAAGAAGUGUUGGCUACCGACCAGACUUUGUAGGAUUCGAGGUGCCUGACAAAUUUGUGGUGGGAUACGCACUAGACUACAACGAGUACUUUAGAGAUCUAAAUCAUAUCUGCGUCAUUAGUGAAACGGGGAAGGAGAAGUACAAGGCAUGAAAAGCACUUCGGAGCAAUUUUUCAAUGUAUGGUUUAAUCGUCUCCUUUUGCUGUCCAUUUGAUCUUUUAUCACUUCAUACUCAUGUUGUAAAAUUACUCGGCCUGCUCAUGAUCCCUGAGGAUACACUGCUAGAGUGAUAAUCCUGACGGUUGCCUGUUUUAGCCGCCACCACACACAAACACACACAAACACACACACACACGCACAUACACACACACGCACACGCACACACUAGAUUCAACUUUGGAGAAAAACAAUUGUCUUAGAUAGAACUACGUCUGGGUUAAACAGCAUGGACCCCAGCUUGAACUAAAAUUAGUAUUCUGCUUCUACGCCCCCCCACACUGAUUUUUUUUAAUUAAUGGAAUAAUUUAUUUGACAACCUCCUAUGAAAUGGAAUAUAUUUUUUAUUGCAAUUCUACUUUUACCUUGAAUUAUCAAUAGUUAUUUUAUGGGCACUCUUAAGGACGGAUGUUAUAUUUUCUUGAAAUCUAUAUGUAUAUAUUCGGGACAAAACACAUUUCUGUGUUACUGUGGUGUGUGUGAUAUUUUCUUAUGCUAGAUUGUGUAGAAAAUUAUAACACGUUUGUUGGCUGCUGUCCCUAAUUAAACACAUAGAUAUGCUGAAGAUGAAAUAUCCUCUUAUUUAUGAGUGUUAAUAAUAUGCUUGUUUUUUUUAAGAAAUUAGAUGCAUGGAUGCCUUGUUCAGACUGAGAUCUCUCUUAUGCUGGAAAUUGAAAAUAUGUAUAGGUGUAAAUGUUCAAUUGAUAUUUCAACUGAAGUUAAAAGUUAUUCAAUCAUGUUUGAAAUCCUUAAUAUGUAUUUACCUAAUAUGUCAUUGAAUCAGACACAAUUUAACUAGCUUUUUUGAUUUUACAUUUGUACUAUAUAAAAUGCUCUCACUCAAUAGUGCCAUCACUGUAAACCAGUGUCAACUGAAUUUUGUAAUAACAGCAAUUAAAUGUUCACACCCCUCCUGUGA